ACCACCGCCAAAAGCAGGCAGAUGUGCACGCAGAUAGCGAUUUUAACAACAGUGUUUUAAACCCAAAUUAACUAAUUAAACGCGUUUUAAAAGAUAAAGUUAUAAUGAACUAGGUCCGCCAAGGUCGCGCGCACAAGUACAGAUUCUAAAGAGACUCGGAGCGUGCGAUUGGAUAGCAUUAAAUGCCUGCAAAACUUCGAGUUCUACGCGCGUUUUUCGCUUGGGCGGCUUAGUUUCCCCCGACCAGGGAAAAGUGCCACAUUUCCAAAAGGUAAAUGCACUUUCAUCAAGAUUGAUGCGUCGAGAUAAGAAAAUCGUCGGUGGCCGUCCCGUAUGAACUUUCGCUUUCGUUCUUCCAGGCAUUUUCAGUGUUUAUAGAGCUCCAAAAAAGUGGAGCAAGCCUGUACAAAAUGCCGCGUGCCUAAAAUAACUAGGGGGUAUAACUACAACAAAAAAUCUAUUUUUAUUCAAAGAAUGGCCACCAGCAACUCUAUUAGAAAUAAAAUAAACAACAGCUACGAAUCGGAGCCUUCUUCCGGAAGCGGGUCUUCGCUUAGUGAAAACAAUGAGGGCCAUAUAUCUGACGAGGAGCACAUGAAUUUGCCGUAUCUGAUGAAACCAAAACCACUUAGCAACCAACCCGUCGACAACCAUCCACCUGGAGAAACCUCGACGCCACCCAACCAGAAAUCAAGUAGCCAAGAAUCCGUAUUCCUGGGCUUCGGGGACAGUCCAUAUGGCCAGGUUAAUAAGCGUCUCUAUGGCUCCCAGCUACAAAACCUAAAGCUGCCUGAGGUGGAACUGCCUACCGACCGUCGCCCCUCUCCGGGCAAAAUUGUUUUUCCACGGUUCUACGACACCCUCAUCGAGGAGAACAGCUGCAACGCCGUGGACAUGGCCGUGUCAGUGGCCAUAACAUCAACCACGACUACGGGCAGUCUCUCCUUUGAUGGUAAAAUCAAAAGUCUAACUGCGAUACCUGAGGAUCAGGAGAAGCCCGGACCCUCCAAUGCCAAUCCCAGACUCUCUUCCGUGCUGGAAACCUCGCUAAACACCUCGCAGCAGAAGUUUAACAACGAACGCUCGCCCGAUCUCUUUGCCGACAGCGACGAUGAAGCAGAAAACAAUGAUCAGGUGGAAAAGGAGCCGCCCACACGGAUCGAGGAUCUUCCCGAAGUGCUGGAGGAGUCGCAGUGUAUAAGUGAUGUGCGCCCCCGCAGUUCACUUAAUGCACCCACAGAGUCGAGCUUCGUGGAUGAACAGACAAUGGACCUCUCGACCACCCAGCUCAACGCUAACGAUCCUCGAUCGCAUUUCUUGGAGAAUUGCCGGCGAGAGCGGGAACUUUAUCGGCGGAUACGUCGCUGUCUUCAGGGCGUGCGUCCGCCGCCCACAGUGACCACACCCGAUCUGGAUGUUAUUAAAAUGGUGCUUAGCAUGAAGACGAACGUACUCACCUUCCUCUCUAAGGAUGCCCCAACUCCAACGCCCACAAUUGAGGACAGUGGCAUAAGUGAAACAACCUCGUUGUUUCGACCGACGCACAGUCUUUCUGAAGCUCAAAACAUGGGCUGGCGAGAUGUGCUUGGUGUGAGACAUCAUGGACUAAGCUACAAUCUAAACAAGGCUGCCGAACAAAACGAAUACCUCAGCUUGUCCGUGGUGGAUCGAUAUGUGGGUGUUGAAACGGCCACAUCCUAUGUGAGAUCGCCAUCGAGUGCCAAGAAGCGAAACAUGCGGAUGAAAAUGUUAACCCAAUCGCCUGGAAACCGCCUAAGUCACUUGGCCAAGCGCCGUGCCAUAUUUUCCUCGGCGAGUUUGGCCACCAACUCUCAGAAACUUAACAGCUCAAUUGGACCUCAACUUAUGCUAGAUAAGAAAAAAGCGCGAAAUAAACGCAAGGCCACGCCCAAACGAAAGACGCCGGGUAGCAAGAAAAAAGCCCGCAAGACGCCAUCCUCAUCCGCCCGCAAGCUUCUCUACCGCACCGAUCUCAUUAAACCAGGACCUUCGAGAGAAACCUCCAAGCGUGCCUUAUUCCAAAGCCCAGCCAAGACCCUUCAACAGCUAAUACCGCCCAGGCCGCUCUUCAAGCCGGAGAUUGCUAACCGCGUGGAGCGUUCGAAGCGGGCACUCUUUUCGCCGGACCACCAGGGUGGCGGUAAUCAACUUGAGUCGCUUUUAAAGCGAAAACGGAACGCCUGCGAUGACGAAGACUCUGCUGAUCUGGCUAGCCAGACCAGCAAACUGUUCAGGGCCGAGAGCAGUGGGCCGAGUGGCUUGACACCUCGAGCUCUGAAGAUCAAGAGUCAGAGCUUCUGCAUUGGAGCUGGUUCCUCCACGGCAGGCUUGCAGCAAAAGUUGGCACAGCACGCAGCUACUCCUGCUGGUCAAGCGCGACUUAGUCAUGGGCUGAGCGGCAGCAGUAGCAACCUGGUGAACUCCUCCUCCUUUGCAAGCGGCACGCCUCUGGCGAGCAAACUGCAGCGAGCGCACUCGGAGAUGAGCGCCACUCCCAAUAGCAGUAUGACGGAUAAUCAGCGAAAGAAACUGCUUUGGGCUGUGUCACAGGCACUGCAGGAGCGAAAGAUCACAGCGAAGCACGAGCACUUCCGUCAACAUGCGGCAGACCUAACGCGCAUUGUGAAGCGCAUCUUCCAGGAAUUCUACCUGGGACACUCAUCGAGCAACAGCGAAACUCUGCUGAGGCUGGCCAAGAAGUUCGCCUUCAGUGUGAUUGCGGGCAAGAAUGCGGAUGACAUUUACCUGCAGGCGCGAAGUCAGGAGAGUGAGGCUAAGCGUCUGUCGAGCACCCGCCUUUCGGGCUACAUUGGCCCCGAGGAGUUUGCCCAGCGAAAGCUGCUUCUUUCGCAAACAUCAGCAGCCGGUUCGGCGCGUUCUUUGCACAACAUCUUCGGCAGCGAGAACUCGAUAGAUUCAUUCGGACUCAGUCAAAUGAGCUUGCCGACGAACACCUUCUCGGACACGCAAUCCAGCAUUGUGGACCGCAUCUCGGAGGAUCUCUUCUGCAAGGAACGGCAACCCAUUCGACCCAAUCCCACGCUGCAGAACAGCUCGUCCAAGAGCAACCUGGGCGGUCUGGCGCUGCGAGAGAACAUGGACUGCGAGACGCGUCGAUCGGCGCAGAAGAACUUCACUGGCAAGGAUCAGCAGAACAUCAGUCCCUACUUUGGAGGCGGAGGAAGCAACGGCUCGGCCCGAAAGUUCCAAAUGCCACCCAUGGGAAACAGCAACAACUCUGGAGGCAAGGCCAAGCGUCAGAUUUCCUUUGACUGCUAAAUCAGCAAAUUGAAAAAGGACAAUUGUUUAAAGAAAUAACGCUUACAGUGGCAAUUCUUCAGCAUGUUCCCCAUGUUCUUUGCCAAAGUAAGCUUAACAUUUUUUCCGUUUAUUGUUUCAAUUAUUUUUUUGGUUGUUUUAGCUUAAUUUAUUUAACUGCCAGGUCUCCUAUAAAACAAAAGUACUUUUCUUAUAAUGGCAGACAACCGUAAAAAUAGGUAUAUAUAAAGUACAUCUUGUAUAGAUCUUAUAGAUCGCCUUCCCCUAGACUCACCCAAGACUUUACCUUGAACUCAAAUUUAGUUAAAUUUCAACUAAGAUCUUUUUAAAAAUACCGGCAUAUACGAUCUAUAUGGGAUAUAUUUUAUGCGACUCGAGUUUGAUGAAUGCAAUAUUUUCCACUGAAGUUUAGAUGUAUUAAGAACAAAUUGUGCUUAAAAAUUACAAAUUUUAACUAACUAAACCGCGUGUGUACUCAAUGCAACUGAAAUUAAGCUGAAAUCAAGUUCUGUAAGAGUGUAAACUGAAAUUAGAAUAAUAAAAGCGCCCACAAUCAAUAAUAA